AUGAAGAUCCCCGCCGUAACCCUCGCCCUCGUCGCCGCGGCCCUCAGCGCGCCUACCCCCAACAAGCGCGACAACAACCUCGCCGCGAUCGACAAGCGCACCUUCGGCCUCCUCGCCGGUCUCGCCGGCCACGGACACGCGGGCCUAGGCGCGCACGCGGGCCUCAGCGGCUCCGCCUCUGGCUCUGCAGGUUCCAGCGGCGAAGACUGCGCUGAGGGUUCUGCGGCCGGUGGGAUUGGUGGCUCGGCCUCUGGCUCUGCGGGUGCGUCUGGGUCUGCGGGACUCGGUGGACAUGCUGGGCUUGGGGCCGGGGGGUGGGGUGGACUUGGCGGUUCUGCGGGUGGCAGUGCGUCUGGGCAUGCUGGGCUCGGUGGAUGGGGUGGUCUUGGUGGUAGUGGGGGAUGGGGUGGUCAUGCUGGUGGUUCUGCUGGCGGUUCGGCUGGUGUUGGUGGAUCUGGAUUUGCAGGUGCUGGCAUCGGCGGUUCUGGUUCUGGCAGCGCUGGAGGAUCCGCUGGGAUUGGAGGCUCCGGCUCUGCUGGCGGUUCGGCUGGCAUUGGAGGCUCCGGCUCCGCUGGCAUCGGCGGUUCUGGUUCUGGCUCUGCUGGAGGGUCCGCUGGUAUCGGGGGCUCUGGAAGCGCUGGCGGCUCUGCAGGCGGUUCCGCUGGCAUCGGCGGCUCUGGCUCUGUUGAAGGGUCUACCGAAGGCUCCGGCAGCGUCGGUGGCUCCGGCAGUGCCGAGGGCUCUACUGGGGGAUCUGCCAGCGGCUCGGUUGGUGGCUCUGCUGGUGGUUCAGGUGACAUUGGAGGAUCCGGAUCCGCUGGUGCUUCUGGCGAUGUUGGAGGCUCUGGCAGUGCCGAGGGCUCUACUGGAGUGUCCCCCACCGGCUCGGCUGGAGGAUCUGCUGGUGGUUCAGCCGACGUCGGAGGAUCUGGAUCUGCUGGUGCUUCUGGUGACAUUGGAGGCUCCGGCAGCGCCGGAGGCUCGACUGGAGGCUCAGCUGGUGCAUCCGGCGACAUUGGAGGCUCGGGCAGCGCCUCAGGCUCAACCGACGGCUCAACCGAAGGCUCUGGCUCCUCUGGCGGCGACACCUCCGGCUCCGGCAGCGCAUCCACCACCGGCAACGGCGACGGUUCGGCCACGGUUGACGGCGACGGCAGCGCCUCCGGCUCCGGCGACGGCUCGGGCUCCUCCGAUGUUUCUGGUACUUCAGCGUCCGCGAACGGCUCGGGCUCCUCUGACAUCACCGGCUCGAGCAGCGCCUCUGGCUCCGGCAACGGCGACGGCUCCGCUGAUGGCGAGGGUGGUAGCGCCUCGGCCUCGGGAAACGGCGAUAGCUCUGCGGAUGUUGAUGGGGACGGCAGUGCUUCGGCCUCUGGGGAUGGUGAGGGCUCGGCGGGUGUUGAUGGGGGUAGUGCUUCUGCUUCGGCGAGCGGACAUGGUGAGGCUAGCGUUACGGGUUCUGGGAGUGCGGAGGGGUCUGGGAGUGGGAGUGGCGAGGCGAGUGCUAUCUAA